AUGAGUACUGACAAUAAUGAUACUACGAAGUCUUCGUGCGUCUUUUUCAAAGCUCCGAUUCGUCGUGGUAAUGUAACAACAGCAUCGAAACGUCGUCAAGACUCGCCAUCGAAUUCUUCAUCAUCGGCCGAUGAAGAUCAGCCAUCAGCUUCGUCGCUUCGUUCAGUACGGCCAGUAAAAAAAGGUCUUGUUACAAAGAGUACCAGCAAUCCAUCGAAUAAACGUCAUCAUCAAGAAAAUGAGGACGAUGACGAUGAAGAUAAUGUUAGUACAAAGGAAAAAUUACUUGACAUAAAAUUUAAAUCUAAUCGACAAACAGAAUCAUCAGCUCCAAAAGAUAUGGGUGCAACAGCUACUGUCGAAAUUGAUACUGACACUCAAGUUGACCAACAAGCUAUAUUUGAACGAGCGAAGAAAAUCAAUGAUGAACAAAAAGGAAAAGUGGAUGAUAAAAUAUAUCGUGGUAUGAACAAUUAUCAACAAUUUUAUGAAAAAAAAGAUACUGUACAAGGAAAUGCAAGUAGUGGUUUAGUUAGAAAUAAAGGACCCAUACGUGCACCAGCUCAUCUUCGUGUAUCAGUUCGUUGGGAUUAUCAGCCUGAUAUUUGUAAAGAUUACAAAGAAACAGGUUAUUGUGGUUUUGGUGACAGCUGUAAAUUUCUACACGAUCGGUCGGAUUAUAAACAUGGAUGGCAAUUAGAACGAGAAUGGAACGAUCAAACAUAUGGAAAUGUCGAUGAUAACAGUCAAAAAUAUUUUGUGGGUGAUAAUAAAGGUGGUCAUUCAAAUCGUUCGGCUGCAUGGAAUGCUUUUGCUUCUGGUAAAGAUCAACCUGAUCAUCAUCAUCAUGACGAUCAAUCAGAUGAAGAACAUGAUGAAGAUGGACUACCAAUCCGUUGCCCGAUUUGUAGAGAACCAUUCCGAGAACCAGUGAUAACCAAAUGUGGACAUUAUUUUUGCGAGUCCUGUGCCUUGAGCCAUUACCGAAUCAAUCCACUCUGUGGCGUUUGUCAAUCUUCGACUGGUGGUACAUUUAAGCCUGCCAAGGAAAUUGUUGCUAAACUUAAGCAACAAAACAAAUUAAAAGAAGAACUUGGACAAGCAUCAGCAUCAUCAAAUAAUAAUAAUAACGAUGAUGAUAAAAGUGACGACGAAGACAAUGAGUAA